AUGGAACGUUUCCUUUUCCGCUCUCGUCGUCAUUGGAGUUACCCUGAGCCGAAAAGAGAUGGAAGAAAGACAAAAUUCCCUUUCUUAAAGGCCUGCCAUCCGGUGCCAGAACCAAAAAAGCAUGGAUUAGGGAACGAGACAUCGAGUGUCGCACUGGUCACCCAGGCUCGUUACGAUCCGAAUCUAAUCCAGCAUUUCAUGAACUACUUCCCACAGAUGGAUGUCGAGCAGCGCUCUAAGAAACUAGGAAAGUUCACCGAUCUGGGUUCGGCAGACGUUGGAGGCAAAUUCGCAUUCACUUUCAAACUCCUUAAUUCCGACUGUGAGAAGGUCUCUCAUUGGCUGGACGAUAUCAAGAAGUCAGAUUCAGUGAUCGAGAGCACCACCCUGAAGUGCACUGGUCAACAGCAGUGA